UUAUACAAUGGGAUAAUGUUGUUAAGGAUGUUAGGAUGAAGAUAAGAAUUGCAAAAUCAUUCUGUAAACUUAGAUUCAAAAUACAAUAAUUUCUUAAGAAGAUUUGAAUUAUAUCAAACAUAUAAUACUCAUAUAGGGUAAUUGAUCAAAAUAAGAAUUAGCUUGUAUGAGAGGUUAUUUGGAGAGAAAAAAGUAUUAAUGUUUAAUUCAAAAAUGGAAACAUCAAAAUAUUUUAGUGAAGUAACAGCAAUAUCAGUCAGGUAUAAUGAGUUUCAAUGACUCAGCUCCAUUUUAAGACACAAAACUAUCUUAGAUAUCAAAGUUAGACUAUAUGUAGAUGGAAAAAACUUUAAUAUUGGACCAAGUACCUGAUUAUUUAGUUAAUAGAGUGAAUAAGGUAAUAUGACACUUUAAUUUUAAUUUAAAGAUUCUCUAAUAAUAUACAUCAUUUAAUUAUGAUAAUGAUGAAGAAAAUUAAUUUAAUUUUUCAAUAAAUUAAUUCGAAGAUGGUUGCAUUUAUUAAGGACAGUGGAAAAAUGGGUACUAUGAUUUAUAUAAUUUUUGGUAGAAUGAAGCAUGGUUGUGGAAAAUAAUAUUGGUUAUCUGGAUAAUAUUAUGAAGGAUAUUGGGCAGAAAAUGUAUUUUAAGGAAGAGGUAGAUUAGUUAAAGCAGAUGGAAACAUAUAUGAGGGAGAAUUUCAAAAUAAUAAUAUUUAAGGAAAUGUUAUAAUUAUAUUAAUAUUUAGGGAACUUUUUAUAGCGUUGAUGGUGUUAAGUAUGUUGGUUAAUUGGAAAAUAAUGUAAAAAAUGGUUAUGGAACUGAAAAAUGGUUAGAUGGAUCUAUAUAUGAGGGUUAUUAUAAAAAUGGCUAAAAAAAUGGGUAAGGAACAUUUAAAUGGUCUGAUGGGUCAAUUUACAACGGUGAAUUUGUUGAUGAUAAUUUUGAAGGAGAAGGAGAAUUUAAAUGGGAAGAUGGAAGAAGUUAUAUAGGAUAAUGGAAAAACAAUUAAAUGGACGGUUAAGGAGUAAAUUGAUUUUAUUAUAUUAGAUUUUCAAAUGGCCAAAUAAUUAAAGAUAUCUAGGAUCUUAUAAAAAUGGAAUUAAAGAAGGUUUUGGUUAAUUUGAAUGGCCAGAUGGUAGAGUAAGCAUUAUAUUUUAUUAAAGAUAUACAAAGGAGAAUGGGCAAAUAAUAAACAACAUGGAUAAGGAAUCUAUUUAGGAUCUAAUGGAAUAGAAAAAGUAGGGGAAUGGUUUGAAGGUAAACUUCUUCAUUGGGGUAAGAUUAAAAAUAAUAUUUUCUGACUUUGAUUUUUAUUAAUCUUACUUUCUCAUUUUUUUCCGUAAAUUUUUAUAAUAUAUUAUAUUAUAAGAUUUUAUAUAUAAGCAAUUAUGUUAUUUUCAUUAUAAANAUGGUUGCAUUUAUUAAGGACAGUGGAAAAAU